AUGAAGUUCUUAAUUUGGAACAGCAAGGGUGCAACAAGCAAGGGUUUUGUUGCUGCACUAAAAAGUUUAAAAUCUUCAUAUAGGCUUGAUGUUGUGGCUAUCCUUGAGCCAAGAGUAAGUGGUGUAGUGGCAGACAGGAUAAUAAGAAGCUGGGGUUUCAGAAAUUCAAGAAGGGUGGAAGCAGAGGGUUUCUCUGGAGGAAUAUGGUUGUUAUGGGAUUCAGACGAAGUUCAAGUUGAGAAUGUGGUUAAGGAUGAGCAAUUUAUCCACUGUAAAGUUAGAGAUGGAGAGGAAGAAUGUCUGCUGAUAGCUGUAUAUGGCAGUCCUAAUGAGCAGAAAAGACAACAUUUAUGGGGGAAGUUGAAGAUGCUAGUUGACAAAAUAAAUGAACCUUGGAUGGUGGUGGGAGACUUUAAUGACAUCAAAUCUCCAUUGGAGCAAAAGGGGGGAGGUAGAGUGAAUGAGGCUAGGUGUAGAAGAUUUGCAGAAUGGAUAGGAAUGUGA